UGCUGGCCGGAAGUCACAUUUUUCUGCGAAUUUGCUGAGAUUAUGUGCCACUUUGUUGUUGUUUUUAUUUUGACUUUAUCAUCAAUAUGUUUAGAAUUUUCACAUGGAAAACGUGUAGAAGGAAAUCUUGUUACAGCAGAGAAAUGGGAGUUCCUUACACGAUUUUGUUUUCUGUCUAAGAAAGGCACACUUGAAUAUUUUUUUGAGUACCCACAGAGUUAUGCAAGACAAGAUCUAUUGCUGUACUUUGAUAACAAAUGGGAUGACGCUUACAAGACAGGAAAGACAUGUAGUGAGCAAGUGGCCUUAUUGAGUUGGGUAGACAACCAGAUUAUACCACUAGACAAUUCUGGUGUUGGGAACUGUACGCCUGUUAAUAAAUCUGAUGGUAUGUACUGGAGCUGUGUGCGGAAAGUAACAUUCUCAUCUUCAAGAGCAAAAUGGUGGUUUAUAGCUAUAGGAAACUGUAAUUCACAGAAAGGUUUAAAGAUAGUGUACAGUUUGCAUAUGAUGAAUGGAGAGGAUGGUGAACUGCUGCACCAUGAAAAUUCUGCUGAUCAGUUCUAUAUUUUACCAAUAGUUAUCACUUUUUUCCUGCUAUAUAUGGGAUUAGGAGCAUUAAGCUCUGCAGUGGGUUAUGUAUUACAUACACAACAGUUAUUCCAUACAACAUACAAAAUGUAUAUUUUUUGUAUCUACACAAACUGUUUUGGAUUGUUUUUAUUGGCGAUUGGAUGGGGGAAAUAUGCCAACACAGGCUAUGAAGAAACAGGGACAUGGCUAGCAGGCCGUUUGUUCCAAGCUAUGAGUGACAUAAUGUUUGUUCUGAUGUUGAUAUUGAUGGCUAAUGGUUAUACUAUAGUUAGAGGAAAGCUCUCCACCCAAUUAUACAUUGUCCUUGCAGUGUUCUUUAGUAUAUUCACACUGACGUAUGCAAUUCUGUUUGUAUAUGAAGCAGAGGUGUUUGACCCAGGAGAAGUUUUGUACAUCUAUGAGAGUCCAGCUGGUUAUGGACUGAUAGCCCUCCGACUGGUUGGAUGGACAUUCUUUUGUGUUUCUCUCAUUGUUAACUUAGUAACACACUCCAGGAAAACCUGGUUCUACAUCCCAUUCUUUAUUUAUUAUACAUUAUGGUUUUGGGCUGGUCCUAUCACCAUACUUAUUGCUAUGUUUGUUAUUAAUCUGUGGGUCAGAGAGCAGACGGUCACUGGUGUUUCAAACUUUGUUACAAUUUGUGGACAUGUAUUUUUCCUGUUAAUAACAAGACCAGGAGCUGCUAACAAAAAUUUCCCUUACCAUAUAAAAACUACACAAAUUGGAAUGAUGGAUGGCACAGAAAAGGAAGCAGAUGCCAAUAGUCCAUAUGAAGUAGGAGAAACAAUGAAUGUCCAUGGUCCUGACCUACAGGGUCUGUUUGUGACAGACAGACGUAGUAGUCGACCAGAUCAAACACUGUUAACAGAAAAACCACCAAGAGACAGAAAUGGACAGUUGCCUUCAUUGUCAAAUGGAAAUACAUCUAGCAGUCGGUUGCCUUCCUUGGAUCAGAGGAGUAAUAAGCUGCCUCCUUUAGAAAGAAAUGGAGCUCUACCUCCAAUAGGAAAUCAUGAACAUGUUGAAGCUUCAGCACCCCCACCAUCAUAUGAAAUGUUUUCAGCAGGCAGAUUCAACAAUGAAUAACAACUCUAUUUUUGGUGUUUGUCGAAUAAUGCAUAAAAAAAAAAAAAAGAAUACUCGUUUAUUCUUUCACAGAAACAUUUUCUUUAAUGUUUCAAAGAAUUUUAAGGAACUGAUUUGAUUAAGAUAAAGAGUUGAUUAUGCAUAAAAAAUAAAGAAGAAAAGCUAAUACUCAUUUAUUCUUCCACAGAAACAACAUUUUUUUUAAUGUUUUGAAGAACAUUACUUGAUUCAUCCAAAAUUUUAUUCAUUAAGAAAAUUGAUUUCAAUUUAACUUUAAAAUCAGUCUACGGCAAUAGUAUUGUUAUAGUUUUACAAAAGUUAUCUAAUCAUUUUCUGUAGAAGAUUGAACUAGUCUCUUUUGUGUUGACCUAUCUAAGUAAAACCAAACCAAUCUGUUAUAGCUAGUAUAACUCCUACUUAAGGAUGAUAUUUUAUAAAUAUAAGUUUUAAAUUAUGUUUGUAACUUAUUUUUGUACACAUUAUUUGUUUCAUUCUAUUAUAUUUAUCAAAAGACCUCUUGUGAGGUUGUUGUAAUUUUGUAUUGCAUUUUUAUGAAUUAUUAAUGUUUUCUAUGUUUUAUGCAAAAAUAUUAUUUUACUAUUUUUAAGUAAUGUACUUUUUUAUUGUCUUGUCUACAAAAAUAACCUGUAUUCAAAGGACAAAAUUAGAUUACUGUACAGAAAAAUAUUUGCAAGGACUCAAUUUUAAAAUUACCCAUUUUGUUUUCAAAUUAGAAAAUAUUGGCAAAGGGAGAUAACUCCUAGGUUGGAUAGACUGUUCCCUGUCAAUGUAAACCUUACGAUAUGACCAUUAUAGGAUCAAACACUUUUUACUAGAAGUCAUUAAUGUGUAAACUUGGACAGAUUAACUCAUCUACUGAAUAAAAGUCUGAAGAAGU